GGGGCCUUGUCAGCAAAGGGAUCCCUGGAAUCCUUACUUUCAUACCCGCUGGUCGCAGCCUGGCUUGAGUCGGUGGAAAAUGAUUCACAGACCUCCGUUCCACGUUUCUCCGGGCCCCUCCUUUACGGCGUGGUGGCAGGUGUUCCUGGUGAUAGCCCUGGGCAUCUUUGUGGGGAUCUGGAGGAUUCACCGGCCCCAGCACCGAGAACAUGGUUCAUUGUGGUUCCCGCCUGGAUUUGCUCCACACCAGGGCAAGAAACGGCGCCGCCGGAGAGAACCUGUCGGGGAAGAUGCUAUUGGGUUAAAACCAAGGAAAAUGGAGAUUGAAUUUGUAGAAGAGACAGAUAUGUUUUCCAGUCCCCAUUAUGAUGGGCCUCUGAACACCAAGGAUGUGGAGGAUGAUUCUGAUUGUGUCUCAGUCCCAGAUCAGGGCCAGCCAAAGCCCAAGAGGCAGAUGCCAGGCAGCACACCGACCCAGGAAAAGAGCACCAGACCAAAGAAUGCGAAAAAUCGAGAGCCAGUUUGUGGUUUGACACCCUUGAUGCCUAUGGCUGCUUCUCCCGGCUUGGAAGUGGAGGGAUCCUGGACAGACCAGCAAACACACAACUCUGGAGAGACCCCUCUUCACUUGGCAGCGCGCUUCUCCCGUGCCGAUGCUGCCCGCCGCCUCCUUGCCUCUGGGGCCGAUGUCAACGCCCGUGACCAAUGGGGACGCACCCCCUUGCACAGCGCUGUAGCCGCUGACGCAUUGGGCGUCUUUCAGAUCCUACUCCGGCAAAGGCAGACAGAUUUGGAUGCAUCCACCCAAGAUGGCUCCACUCCACUUAUCCUUGCCGCACGACUGGCUGUUGAAAACAUGGUGGAGGAGCUGGUGGCCAAUCAUGCAGAUGUCAGGGCCACAGACAAGAGAGGAAAGAGUGCCCUCCACUGGGCUGCAGCUGUGAAUAAUGUCCGUGCCGCCCUCGUCCUGCUGAGAAACGGAGCUGACAAGGAUGCUCUGGACAACCGGGCACAGACCCCUCUGUUCCUGGCUGCUCAAGAAGGGAGCUACCAAGUGGCCAGCCUCCUCCUCCAACAUGGAGCCAAGCAGAACAUCCGAGACCACCUUGGCCGGCUUCCAAAGGACGUGGCCCAGGAGCGUCUCCACCACGACAUCGUAUCUCUCUUGGAUCAGACUUCCCCCUCUUGUGGGACUGGUCAGCGCUCGCCACAUAGACCACGGCCACAGGCCCACCGGACUACAGCCAACCUCCACAGGUUACCAGGGCAGACUAGCCAACUGCGGCUAACUCCUGUGCCUGAGAAGGAAGAUCUUUUUAAGGAAGAUCCAAAUAGCUCACCUGAAGAUGCUGCCAGGCCACCGACUGAGUGACUCUGCCCCUUCGGGGUGUGGAACAGACAGACAGGACAAUGGGGGUUCAGUGAUGUUGGGU